AUGGAGAUGUUUGGCUGGGUCGGGGGAACAGAGGAAAGAGGUCCUCCUGGUUGGUUUCUGGCUGAUGAGAAGCAGAAGAAAGGAAGGAGAUACGGGACUCAUUUGGAGAAAGAAUCUGCUAUUAGGAGGAGACAGACAAUUGGAAGGACCCUCAUUCCUCGUUAUUUUAGCACAGUCUUUGAAGGAGGUGUAACAGACCUGUAUUACAUUCUCAAGCACUCAAAAGAGUCAUACCACAACUCAUCCAUCACAGUGGACUGUGAUCAAUGCACCAUGGUCACUCAGCAUGGAAAACCCAUGUUUACCAAGGUAUGCACAGAAGGACGUCUUAUCUUGGAGUUUACUUUUGAUGAUCUUAUGAGAAUAAAAACAUGGCACUUUACUAUUAGACAGUACAGAGAAUUAGUCCCACGCAGCAUUCUAGCCAUGCAUGCACAAGACCCUCAGGUGCUGGAGCAGCUGUCCAAAAACAUCACUCGAAUGGGUCUGACAAACUUCACCCUCAACUACCUCAGGUUGUGUGUAAUACUGGAGCCAAUGCAGGAACUGAUGUCAAGACAUAAAACUUACAAUCUAAGUCCUCGAGACUGCUUGAAGACUUGCUUAUUUCAAAAAUGGCAGAGAAUGGUGGCCCCACCAGCAGAACCCACAAGACAACCGACAACCAAACGGAGAAAAAGGAAAAACUCUACCAGCAGCACUUCCAACAGUAGUGCUGGGAACAACGCAAAUAGUACCAACAGCAAGAAAAAGUCAGCUGCUGCAAACCUGAGUCUAUCAAGUCAGGAUGUGAUGGUGGUAGGAGAACCAACUCUGAUGGGAGGCGAAUUUGGGGAUGAAGACGAAAGGCUUAUCACUAGAUUAGAGAAUACACAGUAUGAUGCAGCAAAUGGCAUGGAUGAUGAAGAAGAUUUCAACAAUUCACCUGCACUGGGAAAUAACAGCCCGUGGAACAGCAAACCUCCUGCUAACCAGGAGGCUAAAUCUGAAAACCCCACACCACAAGCUUCCCAAUAGGUUAUUCUGCAGCAGUUCCCCCUGCAAUGUAUGGCAGUGGGUUAUUAAUUACUGUUUCACAGCAUUCUUCAAAAUAAAAUUUAAAAGAAACACCUUUCAAAUGAUACAGUAUCUAUUUCUAAACUAAAGCUAUCCCAAUUUUUUUGGUUAGGGAAAACUCUUGUGUAAGCUUCCAUAUACAUUUCUUGGAAGCAUUCUCAUACAACAUGAUACUGGCACUGACCUCGAUUAAAAUAACUGAAAAUUAAACAGCAUCUCAUGGCAAAUUUCUGACAGUGCAUUUUAUUGGAAGGGAUUGUUUUUUUCCUCAUCAAACAAUGGCCAUAUUUUAACAAGUCAUCAGUGCUCAGGAUCUCAUUAACGUAACUAUGUAAAACUUUUUACAAUUGUAAUAUAUUUUCUGCUUUUCAACUUGCACCUGAAAUUUCUUGUUUCAGAAAAAGAUCAGCUUUUAAGGAAAAGUAAUUUAAAGUAACUUUUGUUCUUUCUUUAACUUUUCUUUCAUCAGUUAAUCAUUUAAAGGAUCCAGCAUUUUUAUUUUACAUUUAGCUGAUGCCAGUAGAUACUCUAUUCUAAUCAUUUCAUAAAAAUACUGAAACAAGAAAUGUCUUUUUUUCAUCAAAGACAUGAGAAAUAUUUUUAUGUGGAAAAAGACACCCAGUCCUAUGAGAGUUUAUGCUUUGUAAAAUUGCUGUUGAAUCAGAUAUUUUAAAGCCAUGUAAUCCAUUAACUUUGUGGGCAGCUUAAUAAAUCUAAAACUUUUGUGUUUUUAUUAUUGUAUCUAAGUUGGCUUUGUUGUUAUUUCUUUUCAUAGUAUAUUUCUUGUAUAAUAUUUUUGUAAAGCCCUCAUUUUUUGUUUUACUUUUUUUUUAUUAUUCCGGUGUAUUUAUGUGAAACUUUAUAAAAGAAACUAAUUUUUUUUUCAUUUACAUAUUAAUAUGUUCAACUCAUCAUGUAAAGACACAGUGAGUCAGUGUGUUAUAUAAUACAACUGUAUUUUAUGUAUGCUUUGCCAAUAAGUGUGCCAAUAAACUGUGUUAAUAAA